AUGCCAGCUGCAGUGGCCAAGUACCAAAAGCUAAAUAAGCUCGGCGAAGGCACAUAUGCCGUCGUCUGGGCGGGCAAAGAGCUGGCUACAGGUAGGCAAAUCGCCAUCAAGAAGAUCAAAGUCGGCCAGUUCAAGGAAGGCCUCGAUAUGUCUGCUAUUCGUGAAGUCAAGUUCCUACGUGAAGUCAAGCAUGAGAAUGUCAUUGAGCUCAUUGACAUUUACUCCAACAAGCAGAACCUCAACCUCAUCCUCGAGUACUUGGAAGCAGACCUUGAGCAUCUCAUCAAGGAUCGCAGUAUUCUCUUUUCUACCGGAGAUGUCAAGAGCUGGAUGCUCAUGACGCUGCGAGGCCUACAUCACCUUCAUGCUCGCUUCAUUCUGCACCGAGAUCUCAAGCCAAACAAUCUACUUCUCUCAACCACCGGUGUUCUCAAGCUGGCUGAUUUCGGUUUGGCGAAGGACUUCGGCGCUGCAUUCGUCAACAUGUCCCCGAAUGUUGUCACUCGCUGGUACAGAGCACCUGAACUGUUUCUUGGCGCAAAGCAGUAUGGUCCCGGCAUAGACAUGUGGGCAGUCGGCUGCAUCUUCGCCGAGCUUCUUCUCAGAAAUCCUUACAUGCCGGGUGAGAAUGACAUGGGUCAGCUUGAUCUCAUCUUCAAAGCACUCGGUACACCGUCAAAGCAAGACUGGCCAGACGUCAUCCACCUGCCGCAGUACGUCGAGUUCAGAAAACACGAGAGACCUGAUCCACGUCAACUAUUUACAGCUGCUUCAGAACAAGAGAUUGAUUUGAUGCAGCAAAUGCUCACGCUCGAUCCACUCAAGCGUCCGACGACUACAGAUGCUCUGCGCCAUCCCUACUUCAAAGCCCUCCCGCGACCAACUCCGCCCGAGCAACUACCCAAACGCGGUGGAGGCCUCGACAAGGUGUCAGCAGAUCUCAAGCGCAAGCCAGGGAAUCUCGACACGCCAGAUCGCUCGGACGGAGCAAGCAAAGUGGCACGAAAAUUAUUCUAA